AUAUUUUCUUACCUAUUUAUUAAGGCUUUGGGUCUACAGGGUCCUCAGUGCCUCGGAGUUUAUUCCUUCCCUUUCCAUCCGGAUGCUGAGCAGUUUGGUUUCAAAGCUUGGCUUUACCUGGCAGCCAGUUUGCGAGACCAGGGGCCAUGUCCUCGCUGCUGUCCCUCCAGGAGGAGAACCGCAUCCUGCAGCAGGAGCUGUCGCGUGUCGAGGAUCUGCUGGCCCAGAGCCGCGCCGAGCGCGAUGAGUUGGCCAUCAAGUACAACGCCAUCAGCGAGCGGCUGGAGCAAACCCUCCGGCUGGAGACGGGGGAGCGGGAAGCGGCGGAGAACCGGAGCCUGGCGCAGCACAACAUCGAGUUGCGGCGGCUGCUGGAGGAGGAACAAAGCGCCUACAAGCGCAAGCUGCAGGCCUACCAGGAGGGCCAGCAGCGGCAAGCCCAGCUGGUGCAGAAGCUCCAGGCCAAGGUGUUGCAAUACAAGAAGAAAUGUGGAGAAGUGGAGCAGCAGCUGCUGGAGAAGGCGACGGAGCUGGAGCAGGAGAGGCUGACGACUCAGCUGGACGCGAGCAGCUCGCAGCCGGAGGAGGAGAGCAGCAACGAGCUGGAGAACGCCCUGAUCCGCCUGGAAGAGGAGCAGCAGAGGAGCAGCAGCCUGGUGCAGGUGAACUCGAUGCUGCGGGAGCAGUUGGAACAAGCCAACGUGGCCAACGCGGCCUUGAGCGAGGACAUCCGCAAGCUGACGGCCGACUGGGCACGGGCGCGGGAGGAGCUGGAGCAGCGCGAGGCCGAGUGGAGGCGCGAGGAGGAGUCCUUCAACACCUACUUCAGCACCGAGCACAGCCGGCUUCUGACCCUCUGGAGACAAGUGGUGGCCUUCAGGCGUCACUUCGGCGAGAUGAAAGCCAGCACUGAGAGGGACCUCUUGGAGCUGCGUCACGAGGUGUCACAGGUGGGCAGGGUGGCCCACGCCGCGUGCCUUCACGUGGCCGCCAACGUGCGGGUGGCCGAGAGCGAGGCGAGCGCGGCGCGGGAGCAGCAGGCGCUGCGGGUGGCACAGCUGGAGGAGCAGCUGGCGGCGCGGGACGCCGACCUGGGAACAAAGCUGGUGGAGCUGGCGGCCGCCCUGGAGCGCCUGCGGGAUGACGAUGGCGAGAAGGAGCGGGCGGUGGAGGCGCUGAGUCUGCAGCUCCAGAACCUGGAGGUCCUGCGCGCUCCGGACUCGGCGGAGGAGGCGGCGCUGCGCUCCGAGGUGGAAACGCUCCGGAAGGCACUGCAGGAGGUCACCCAGGUGCUCCCCCCCGUGCCACAGUGUCCCCCCGUGCCUCAUUUCCCCCGGCUCUCCCCCCAGGCUGUCCUGGCUGAGGACCCCGCUCCGCCGCCGUCCCCUCCCGCGUCCCCUCCCGGCACUGAGGCCGUUCUCGCUGCUCUGCGCCGCCAACGCCUCCAACUGCAGGAGGCGCGGGCUGCGGCGGAGCGGCUGCAGCGGGAGCUGAGCGCGGGGCAGCAGCGGGCGCAGGAGCUCAGCACCGAGGCCGAAGGCUGCCGGCGGGCGCAGGAGGAGGCGCUGGAGCAGCUCAACUGCCUGCGUGCCGAGAGGGACGGCCUGCGCAGGGCGCAGCUGCGCGCGGAGGCGUCUCUGGCGCAGGAGCAGCACCGGGCGCAGGGCUUGGAGGCCGCUCGCCACGAGGCCGCCCGCGACGCCGAGGAUGCGCGGCUGCAGCUGCACCAGAGCCAGCAGCAGGCGGAGGAGCUGGAGGCGCAGCGGGCUGCGGUGCAGCAGGAGCUGCUGGAGGCGCGGGAGGCGCUGAGCCGCGCUGCGCUGGAGGCUGAGGUGGCUCGUGGCGAGCGGGACGCGUUGGCCGAGGCGCUGGGCAAGGCGCAGGGCAGCUGCGGGGAGCUGGCAGCGGCGCAGCGGGCGGCGCAGCUGGAGGAGGCUCGGCUGCGGGACGCGCUGGCCAAGACGAGCGACCUGGCGGCGGCGUUGGCGCAGGAGAAGUCGCAGCUGAGCUGCAGCCUGGCGCAGCUGGAAGAGGAGCGGGAGAGCGGGCGCAUGCAGCGCGAGGCGCUGGGCCGGGAGCUGGCGGGGCUGCGGGCGCAGCUGCAGCGGCUGCAGUGCAGCGCCGAGGCUGAGCAGCAGCGGUUGCAGCGGGCAUGCGGCGCCGCCGAGGAGAGCUGCAGUGCGCUGCGGGAGGAGCUGCGGGCGCUGCGCGGACAACACCUCCGCAUGCGCCAACACCUGGAGGGGACGGGGGCAACUGGGAGGGGGUGGGCUCUGGGCAACUGGGCGAGGAUCGGGGGCAACUGGGAGGGUGCUGGGGUAACUGGGAGGGGAGGUGGGGCAGCUGCCGGGCCGGGUGGCGUAACUGGGAGCACUGGGGUGACUGGUGCUGCGCAGGCGGUGCAGGCGCAGGGGGCGGCGGGCGAGGCGCUGGGGCGGGCGCGGGCCGAGCAGGAGCAGCUGCGUCGGGAGCUGCAGCGCGUGGGCCGAGCGCGUGGCGGCUGCGCCGAGGAGGGCGCCCGCCUGGCCGUGCAGCUGGCAGCCGCGCAGCGCCACGCGCAGCACCGCGCCCACGAGGCCGCCGCGCUCAGGGCCGAGAAGGAGGGGCUGGAGGGCAGCGUGUCCCGGCUGCAGCAGCAGCUCGGCCAGAGCGACGCCCGCAGCCGCCAGCUGGAGAGCGAGGGGUGCGCCCUGCGCCGCACCAACCAGGAGCUGCAGGCGGAGCUGGCGGCGGUGCAGCAGUUGCGGGCGCAGGAGCUGCAGGCGCAGCGCGAGGCGGUGGCUGCGGCCGAGGCGGCGGCAGUGGCGAUGGCCCUACAGCGCACCCGCGACACCCACCAGCAGGAGCUCGAGAGGCUGCAGCAGCGCAGGGAGCAGCUGGAGGCCGAGCGCGGGCGGCUGGCGCGGGAGCACGACUCGCUGGCGGCCGAGCUGGCGUCGACGCAGCGGCAGCGCGAGGCUGAGAGGCAGCAGGCGCUGGCGCUGCAGGAGGAGGAGAGGGCUGCGGCGGCCGAGGCGCUGCGGGGGCUGCAGAGCAGUCUGGACGAGGCCACGGCGCAACUCGAGCUGCAGCGGCGGGAGGUGACCGAGCACCAGGAGAAGGAGCAGAGCUUGGCUGCCGAGUUGCGCGGGCUGCGGGCGCAGCUGCAGGAGGAUGCAGCCACUCACGAGCAGGAGGUGAAGAUGCUGCGGGAGCAGGCGAAGGCAGCGGGCAAGCAGCGGGACAGUGCCCUGCGCGAGGUGGAGGAUGCGCGGGCGCAGCUGCGGUUGGUGGCGGAGGCGCGGGCGGCGGGGCAGCGGGAGCUGCUGGAAGCGCAGCGCGAGGCCCGGGAGAGCCGGGAGAGUCGGGAACUGCAGCGGCGGCAGGCGCAGGAGGCACGGCGAGCCCUGGGAGACGAAGCCAGGGAGAAGCAGGCUCUGCGGCGUUCCAACGAGGAGCUGCGCGCGGCGCUGCGGCGCGCCGAGGGCGAGCGCAUCAGCCUGAAGCGUGCCAGCGAGGAGAAGGAGCAGCGCCUGGCACUGGUGGAAGACGGGCGAGAGGCUGCGGACCGCGAGGUGACAGAGCUGCGGGCAGCCCUGCGGGAGCUGGAACGCGCCCGCCUCGACGCCCGCCGGGAACUGCAGGAGCUGCGCCGGCAGGUGAAGGACCUGGACGGCGAGAACAGCAAGAGGAGCAAGGAGGUGGGCGAGCUGCAGGCGCGCGUGGCCCUGGAGGAGCAGCGGGAGGAGGAGAGCCGCCGCGAAGCCUUCGGCCUCAGGCAGAAGGUGGCGGAGAGCGAGGCCAGCGUGGAGGCUGCCAGGAAAGAGCUCCAGCUCCUGCAGCGGCGACUGUCGGAGGCGGAGAGCGAAUUCCGGCAGCGGGAGAAGGACCUGGCCCGCAGCUUGGAAGAGGCUCGUGGCAAUGAGAAGAAGCUUCUGGCCGAUGCUCGCAACCUGCAGCUGAAGGUGGAGGCGGCGCGGGACGAAGCGGCCGAGCUGAGCCUGCGGCUGAGCGUGGCUGAGGGUCGGGCGCAGGGGCUGGAAGCUGAGCUGGCUCGCGGCGAGGCGCUGCGUCGGGCUGCGGAAACCCGCCUGGGUGGCAUCCAGUCCGCCCUACGCCGUACCAUGGGCAUCGGCCGGGCACGGGCCAGCUCCCCGGGCAAGGGUGGGGUUCCGGAGGGUUCCGCCAGCCCCGUCUCCUCGCCGGACCCCGAUGUGGCUGCUGAGCCCGAGGUGGUUCGAGCAGCCCUGCGAGAUUUCCUGCGUGAGCUGCAGGAUGCGCAGCAGGAACGGGAGGAGCUGCGGGGGCAGGUGGGCACCUUGGGCCGGCGGCUGGCGGCGGUGGAGGAGGAGCGCGACAAGGCCAGCGCCCGCGCGCAGCAGCUCCAGAAGCUCGUGGCUGAGAGGGAGGAAGGCGGGCGUCGCGGUGGGGAGCUGAGCAGCGCCCAGGCCACGCUGCUGCUGCACGAGGAGACGCUGCGAUGGGGCGAGCGGGAGCGACAGGCGCUGCAGGAGAAGGUGACGGCGCUGGAACGGAGCCUGCAGGCGGCCGAGGGCGAGCGCCGAGCAGCCCAGGAGAGGAUGAGCGCGGUGCGUGCCGGUGAGGCCGAGCUGCAGGAUGCCAAGCGGCGGCUGGAAGUGGCUGAAAGCCGGAGCAGCCGCCUGGAGCUGCAGCAGCGGGUGCUGGAGGGGGAGCUGCACCGGGCACGGCUGGCGCUGAGCGAGCGGCAAGCGGAGGCGCGGACAAUGCAAGACCGGGCUGAGCUGCUGCAGAAACAGCUGGCAGAAAGCGAGCAGCGUGCUGGUGCGUUGCAGCUGGCGAUGGAGCGUCUCAGCGUGACGUUGGCAGAGAGCAGCUCGAAGGACGAUGCGCCGAGCGUGACGACGGUAUCGGCCGAUGGCACCGUGGUCCACGAGCGGCUGCUGCAGCUCCAAAGCGCCCUGACCGCCGGCGAGCUGGACCGCCGGGCGCUGCAGGAGGGGCUGGAGGUGGCACGGCAGGCGCUGGCGGAGGCGCGGGAGGAGAAGGGAGCGCUGCGGGAGCAGCUGCGGGCGCUGCGGGAGGAGCAGGAGGCCCUGCAGCGCAGCAAGGAGCAGCUGGAGGUGCAGGUCCGGCAGCAGCAGGAGGCGCUGCGGCAGCGGCAGGAGGAGCGCGGGGGGCUGCAGGAGCGCGUGGGGUGCCUGCAGCGCGCCCUGACCCGCACGCAGGGCGAGAAGCGGGAGGCUGAGCGCGUCGCCCUGCGCCUCGAGAAGGACCUCAGCGCCCUCAAGAAGACCCUUCACAAGGUGGAGCGGGAGAAGCUGCAGACGCAGGAGGACUCUCUGCGGCUCUCGGCGGAGAAAGGCCGCCUGGAUCGCUCGCUGGGCACGGCCGAGCGGGAGCUGGCGGCGGCUCAGCACCGCAUCCGGGUGCUGCAGGCAGCGCUGCCGAUGCCCCCCACCCCCUGAGGGCACCGGGCGGGGCAGGAGGGGCCCCAUUCUGCCCCCCAGGAUUCCUCUCCCCAUUCCCUUUUCCACACCGGACGCGGUGCUUUUCCGCAGACGCCGGCACUCGCCUGAUUUUGAUACAAUUUGGGGACCAAUUGGUGUUUUUUUUCCCCUUUUUUCCUAUUGCAUUUUUAAACAAAAUGUUAAGAAUUCUAUUUUUUCACCCUCCUGAUUUUUUUUCCCCCCAAAACACAUUCCCUUCCUGGAAUUUCUCGCUUUUCUAACAAAAAAAAUGACUUAUUUGGUGGGGUUUUUUUUGGCAAAUAAUGGGAUUUUGAUAGCACUGGUUUGGGAGCGGGAGGUUUUUACUGGUGCUACUGGGCAGCCGGAGCUGGGGGGGCUGAGCCGAGCCCAGCGCCACUGGUAUCCAGGGGGGGGGCUCCGAGCGCAGCCCCCACCCCUGGGCCGUCCCGGUGGGAUUAAACGCGGAUGGAGACCCAACGGCAGCCCCCAAAGGUGGGGUUUUUUGGGGGGGAAGGUGGGGUUUUGGGGGUGCCCGUGGGGACACUGAGGUGAUUCGGGUCCCUAAAUGAGAAUCAUUAAUCCUGAGAAGUAAUAAUAAAUAAUAAUAAGUCAUAAAAGUAACUGUGAAGAGUAAAGAUGGA